UGUUUGAUAAUAUUAAAUAAUUGGCAACAAACUGGAACAACAAAUAUAUGUACACAUAUGUGCAACACAACUUUAAAUUCGUUUUGUGUGAAACGCAACAAAGCUUAAAUAAUGGAAUUUUAACAGCGUUAGAAAAGUUGCAACUACAUCAAACAUAAGGAGCAGCAGCUGCAGCAACAGACGAAGUGGGCAGGAAGUCGAAGCAACAAGUCCGGAGCUGGCAGCAAUGAUACCCACUAGUGUUACCAAUUCACCGCCAGCCGCUGGCCUGGCACAAAACGGUGGCACUGCUGCUCUCAGCGGCAGCGCUGCCGCCACAUCCACAACAGCAACAGCAGCACAGCAGAGCAACUACAGCUCCAUUGUGCUGGGCCUGGCCUCGCUUAUACUGGAGGGCAGGCCCAUAGCCGAUGAUGAGUAUCAAACCCAACAGCAACCACAUCAAAAACCGCCACAGCAACAGCAACAACAGCAACAACAACAACAGCAGCAACAACAUCAGUCAGGACGCCAUUCACCACGCCCCUCCACAUCGCGUGCAGCUAUAAACAUAACAACGAAUCCGUAUCGCUCCACAGCCCAUGCGUCCAGUCAGGAUUAUGCAUAUGGCUAUAGCCAAGCCAAGCAUCAGCUCUGGACCCAGAAGCUUUGCCAGCUGCGUCAGGUUUCGCCCUCGGCGCAAGGCAUGAGCGCUGAGCCCGAGCUGGUGUCACUCUCCAUCAAUGGCGAGUUGAGCGCUGGCGAGCGUGGCGACUACGAGAUUGUGCGCCGGGUUAUGCUGAAUCGUGCUGGAGUUCCAACGUUUUCAGCAACUUCGACAGUCACCACAGCAGCUGCGGAGUCAAGCAGCUCCAGUGCCUCAUCCAGUUCACCGGAUAAUAUUUUACACUCGCUGCAAUCUUUGGCCACCACCUGUUUGCGUGGCGGCGGUCCAACUGUUGCCGAGUCGCGUAGCCUCAAUCUUGGAGCAGCUAGCAGCACCGUUAGUGCUGCCAGUCUGCUGGACUAUAACUGCAGUCGCAAUGGCGCCGGCGGGGCGGGUGGGGGUGCAGCAAUGGGAAUUGGCUCUAGAGUUGUGGGAGGAGGAUUUGUAACAGCAACAACAUCAGUGGUUGCAAACACUGCCAGCAGCAACACUGCCAGCUGCACUAGCAACAACAACAACAACAACAGCAACAAUAAUAACAACAACAACAACAACAACACCACACGGCCCAAGCACGGGCCACACUGUGAUCAGUUCCUCAGGAAGAUGGGGCUAGCCAAGGGCGAUGCUGCCGAUGCUUCUUCUGAGGAGCACAUCUGUGAUAUGUCUUACGUAAAUAUAACUUGUUCUCGUUGGCGCGCGCAUUGUUUAAAGCUGGAGGCGAUUUUGGCGCGACGCGAGCCCGUCUGCAUUGAGGUUUACUUGGGACCCGCCGGACACAAAAUAUUACUGGAGCAAUGGAUAAUAAGCGGCAAGGAGAAAGUGCCACCACCCACCAUGACGCUGCCGUCGCUUUGCAGCGCCAUACGCAGUCAAUUGUACUUCUCGCAAAUUGUGGCCUGGUGCGAUCUGCUGCGCAAGUGUGAUCCCUCGGUCUAUGACAGUGGGCGUGUCAUCUUUGCCAGCAGCCCCAGCAAUGCGGGCGACCUGGCGGGUCAGUCGACCUGCCGACGUCCGCGUCUGAACAUCUUCUAUAGGAUCAGGCCCUGCAGUGCGCAGCUGAGCGGCAGCAUCCACAGCAACGAUGACGGCUUCAGCGCCAAGGCGAACGUGCACAACUUUCCGCACGUGAAUAUUGCGGAGAACUUUAGUGUGGCGGUGUGCGUGAAGAGCUUGCCACGCUUCAAUGGCGGCCUGCCGCACAUUGUGCCGCUGGCAGUGAAGCCCAUGCGCACGCUGCCAGCUGCUGCCACGCCCACGGGCGGUGGUGCUAGAUGCGCAGCCACGCCCACUGGGCUGGGGGCACGCAUAGCCAACCAUGCGGCAACGCCAACAACAACAACAACAACAACAACAACAACAAGCAGCAGCUGUGAUAGCUAUAGAACUAGUAGCAAACAAUUGGAGGAGACGCUGACGCACACGGGUGCGGAGCAGGUGGAGACGGCAGCGGAGGCGGACGGACAUCGCGAGCGGCAGCUGCAAAAGUAUCGCAAGCGAAUGCAGCGACGUGAUAAGAAGCGCGAACGUAAACCAUAUGAACAAAUGGAGCAGAUGGAACAGGAGGAGCAGCAGGAUGAGGAGGAGGAGGAGGAGGAGCCGCACCCGCACCAAGAGGAAGAUGCGCAAACUCAGGCCAUGGUCAUGACGUUGAGAGCACCACGUCGCAUUGCCAUGAUCUCAACUGGCACACAGACAUCGCUCAGCAGUUGCCAGCAAUGUGGCAGCGAGAAGACGCUCAUGUGUCUCAAUUGCAGCGGCGAGGACUCGCUAGAUGGGCAAGACGAGCACUAUAACGAUAGCAGCGCCUCCGAAAUGGAUGAGAUCUCCAGCUGCAGCUUCAGCAGCUCCGAUUUCAUUGUGGGCACGCCACGCAACAAGGCCGAACUGCUGCUCCAAGCCAUACAGCGUACGCCAAAGAAUCGGAAGGGAUUAGCUCGCAACGAUCUCAACUGUAGUCUGGCCGCGAGCCAGAACAAUAAUCAGCUAAAGGCAGCAAUCAGCGGAGGUGGAGGCGGAAACGGAGGCGGCGGCGGAGGCAGCGGCUGUCAGGUGUGCAAACGCCAAAAGACGCAGCACAACUUUGCCAAUGGUCAGAGGCUUAGCGAAGCGAAGAGCAAUCAAGUCACCAAUGGCAGCAAUGGACACACCAGCAGCAGCAGCAAUAGCAAUGGUCAUGGCAAUGAUGUGUGCAUGGAACAGGAAGUGGAGCAGUGCGCCUCUACCAAGCUCACGCCCAAGAUCGAUCGCUGCUCCUUGGAAUCACAGGAACGCUGUCAGACACCACCCCACAUUUCCAUACUGCCAGAUGAGUCGCUUGUGGUGCAGUUCAAGACGCCCAUCAGUCAUGUGCCGCUCAAGCAGCAGGAUUAUCAGUGCUCAUCGCAGUCGCUGCUGUCCGUGGGCGCCCAUGCGGGCAAGUCGCCCAGCCAGCUGCGCCUCAACUGCCAGAAUGCAGCACAGCUGCUGGACAGAGAGACGCCGCCGCCAUUGUUGUCGCCGCUGCUGCGCAAGGCGCUGCCCAAGGUGAAUCUGACGACAAUCUUUUGUAGCGGCAGCAGCUCCAGCUCCAGCUCAGCGCCCAUCGCCAUUGACAGCAGUUUGGCCUUUAGCUUUGAGCCGUCGACACUUUGCUAUGCGCAGUCGCAGUCACAGUCGCUGCUGACGCCACCGGAGAGCUGCAGCAAUCUGCAGGUGCAAAAAUCCUACUCGGCGCCAACGCUGCCCAAUGCCUUGUCCGUCUCGCCGCGCUUUGCCAAGCAGGCGGCGUUCUAUAAGCGACGCUCGCGCCAUUUGAGCGAUCGCUCGGAUCGCAGCUCGCUGGGCUCCGAUGAGCAGCUGUCGGAUGAGGAUUUCGAGUCGGGCAUGUGCAGUCCGGCGGGUUCGCCGCUGAAAACACGCGCGCGUCUUUGCACGCUGUUUGGAGCACGCCCGCUGCUGGGAAAUCUGGAGGAAUCGCUGCUGCAGAAGCGUCUGCUGCCCAAGAUUGAGGUCUCUGGCUUUCGCCUACAGCUGGGCGCCUCGGGUGGCUUCUGUCCCACACAGCUAACCAUUCCGGCCAGCGCGUAUUUCUACGAGCUGCAGGGCGAAACGCUCAGCACGCCUUACCUGUGUGAGAUACGCCUGCCUCGCAAGGGUUACUCCGUGCCGCGCCAGGGCACAGUGCAGGCCACGCUGCUCAAUCCCAUGGGGACGGUGGUGCGCAUGUUUGUCAUACCCUACGAUAUGCGCGACAUGCCGCCACUGCAUCGCACCUUCAUACGCCAGCGCAUCCUCGCCGAGGAGCUGCCAAGCACCAGCGGACCCUGCCCCGGCGUCGGCUUGCAUCGUCAGCGGGAACGCGAGCGGGAGCCAAGCAGCAGCCCCACCACCAACGGAUGCAGCAGCACCACUUCCACCACCACCAGCAAGCUGGGACACUUUAUCAGCCCAGAGCAGAUGAAGCGUCUACGCUACUCUAUACAUCUAAGGUUCCAAACAUCGCGUUCGGGUCGUUUAUCACUGCACACGGACAUUCGUCUAUUGAUCUCAAGGCGCACGGACUGCGACACGGCGGCGGCGCAUGCCAAGGGCUUGUUGGAGGCGCCCAAUGAGCUGGUGACGGAUACGUUGAUGCCAACGGAGCCCAGGUACAGUGCGCGUCAGGAAAGCGCCGGCAAGAUUUAGUAGUUAAUGUGCUGCCUGGGCGUGGCAGGUGUUGAUGGGCUUAUGCGAGGCCUAUGGAAGCAGCUGCAGACGCGUUGGCAACUCUGGCAGCAGUAUCCCAAAUAUCAACUGUAAAUUGUAGUGUAGUAGACUAGUCUGAAUGGCUAAAAGGAAAGCAAGAAAGCUGCGAGAAAUCAUUUUGAACAGUGGGAACUGCAAGAAAUUCCCGAGAGAAAGAAGAACACAUACACAUACACAUACACUUUGCUUUAUUAGUUUAUAUACAUAUAUAUAUAUAUAUAUCUUUAACUAUGUCUAACUUUUGUUGAAAUCUAUUUAAAACACUUUUCAUUUGAAUUACGUUUAUGCUGAGGUCAGAACGAUAACGAUAAUCGCCUAAGCUCCAUUUACUUAGAAAGAAAAGAAAGAAAAAAGAAUAAGAAAAAGAAAAGUAAAGAAAUGCAAGCAGCAAA